AUCAGUCAUAUUCCACGACCAAUCAGAUUAAGGAGAGUAAUGCCACUAACAUAAACUGGCGGUUAUUUCUGUUCCUGCUUAUUCUGGUUAACAAUUCGGAUAAAAUGCUAUGUUUUUGACUCGACUUUUUCUACGUAUAAUGAAGGACAUACACGUUGGAUAAGGGUGGGAUAUUAUUUGGCAUCGGUAAGGUCCUAAUGGUCGGUUGUUCCACCGGCUAAGUGAUUGUUAGCACAAAGCUAGCACUUCUCCUUCAUUUCAAGCCUUUAACAUUAGCUACCAGUUAGCCUUAGCUUUAACAAGCUAACAUUAACUGAUAAAACCGAGCCUUCCGGCCUGCACUGCUUCCUCAUUUGUUGCCAUGCAACUAAAACGUUAGGUCAGGGCCGUGAGGAUUAACAAUAGCCAGUGUUUAGUUUAAAAUCCUAACGUUACUUUUAGUGAGUAACGUUGACGUGAAACAGGGAGGAAUCGGCGAAGUAUUGGUCUUCUUCUAGCUAGCUGAUGCUUGGGCGUUACACCCCUCUCAUCAGGACCACUUUCCCUCACGGCAAAGCAAUGCUGUCUUUCUAGGGGAGUAACUAUCUAAUAUCUUUCAUAUUUAUCAAAUCCAUUCGCAACAAAUUGUUAGUUUUUAUUUGCUGUACUUUCUGUUCUUCCUGUUCAUGCAUGCAUGUAACUUCUCUUUCACCAUUUCAGUGAGUGUGCCUAGUCUAUUGGAAGGAUGGAGACCCUGAUUCCCACCAUCAACCGGCUGCAGGAGGUGUUCCUCACAGUGGGUGCAGAGGUCAUACAGCUCCCUCAGAUAGUCGUGGUUGGAUCGCAGAGCAGUGGAAAGAGCUCUGUGUUGGAGAGCCUGGUUGGACGGGACUUUCUGCCUCGGGGAUCAGGAAUCGUCACGAGACGACCCCUCGUGUUGCAACUUGUUAAUGUUGCUCCUCUGCAGGAGAGACUGAAGAGCGAGAAUGGAAAUGGGGUAAAGCAAAAUCCCCAAAGCAGCUACCCAGGUGUCAAAGCUGAAGAAUGGGGUACAUUCCUGCACUGCAAGAACCAGAUCUUCGCAGAUUUUCAGGAAAUCCGUCAGGAAAUUGAAGCCGAGACUGAACGCGGUUCAGGUGACAACAAGGGAAUCACUCCAGAACCCAUCUAUCUGAAGAUUUUCUCCCCCAAAGUCCUUAAUCUUACCCUGGUUGAUUUACCUGGAAUUACUAAGGUUCCUGUUGGCGACCAGCCAGAAGAUAUUGAGGCACAAGUACAAGAGAUGAUCCUGUCCUUCAUCUCCAAUCCAAACUCCCUCAUCCUCACAGUGUCCCCUGCCAAUUCUGACUUGGCCACCUCUGACGCUCUGAAAUUGGCUCGCGAGGUCGAUCCAGAUGGUCGUCGAACACUGCUGGUGGUCAGUAAGCUGGACCUGAUGGAUGCAGGGACUGAUGCUCUGGAGGUCCUAUUGGGUCGAGUCAUUCCAGUCAGACUUGGGAUUAUCGGUGUGGUUAACAGGAGCCAGCAUGACAUCAAUACCCAGAAGAGCCUGGAGGACACAGUGAGGGAUGAGCACGCCUUCCUGCAGCGCCACUACCCUUCGCUGGCCUCCCGCGCCGGCUCACGCUAUCUGGCCAAAACGCUCAGCCGGCUGCUCAUGCACCACAUCCGGGACUGCCUGCCAGAGCUCAAAACCCGAGUGACGGUGCUGAGUGCCCAGUACCAGGCGCGGCUCAACAGCUACGGCCAGCCAGUCGAAGACCACAGUGCCACCCUGCUGCAGAUCGUCACCAAGUUCGCCAGCGAUUACUGCAACACCAUCGAGGGAACAGCCAGAUACAUCCAGACCUCGGAGCUCUGUGGGGGUGCUCGCAUCUGUUACAUAUUCCAUGAGACCUUUGGGCGCACCCUUCAGUCCAUCGACCCCCUGGGAGGACUGACGGAGCUUGAUAUCCUCACUGCCAUCCGCAAUGCAACGGGUCCACGGCCAGCACUUUUUGUUCCCGAGGUGUCCUUUGAGUUGUUGGUGAAGCGGCAAAUUAAGCGGCUGGAGGAGCCAAGUAUGCGCUGUGUAGAGCUGGUUCACGAAGAGCUGCAGAGGAUCAUCCAGCACUGCUCCUCCUACAGCACACAGGAGCUCAUACGUUUCCCCAAACUGCACGAUUCCAUUGUGGAAGUAGUGACUGGAUUACUGAGGAAGCGCUUGCCGGUUACUAAUGAAAUGGUACACAAUUUAGUAGCAAUAGAGCUCGCCUACAUCAACACAAAACACCCAGACUUCACAGAUGCAGCGCAGGUCUCUGCGUCUGUCAACAGUCAGCAGGCGGAGGCUGUUGAUGGAGGGAAGCGCUGGAAGAGCGAGAAGGUCGCAGAAGAAAGGGUUCCGGCUGCAGGCUUUGGCAGUCCCAGCAAAAGCCAGGCCAUUAACCUCCUCGACUCAGCAAUGCCCGUUUCCCGCAAGCUGAGUGCGAAGGAGCAGAGGGACUGCGAGAUCAUCCAACGCCUCAUCAAGUGUUACUUCCUCAUUGUCCGCAAAAGCAUCCAGGACAGUGUGCCUAAGACAGUGAUGCACUUCCUGGUGAACUUCGUGAAAGAGCAUCUGCAGAGUGAGCUGGUGGGUCAGCUUUACAAACAGGGACUGCUGCAGGAGCUGCUCAUUGAGUCACAGGACACGGCACAGCAGCGGACCGAGGUGGCUCAAAUGCUUGAGGCGCUCAAAAAAGCCCAUAACAUCAUCUCUGAGAUGAGGGAGACGCAUCUGUGGUAGCCAGAGGAAACAAACGCUUCCCUUUGUCAUAGGACUACUUAGGAGUAUGAGAGUGUAUGUGAGUUUACAGCACAGUGUGUGUCUGUGUGAGAGUGUGCAUGUUUGUCUAUGUGUGGCAGCACCACAGUUUUCUCAUGGACCAACGACCAUAACGCAGUUAGAUCAGCUGUCCUGACCAGUACACUGGGGCUGUUGCUUGUCACUGUGAACGUUGUGUUGCAAAGCAAUUUAAUUAAACUCUCAGGCCAAAAGUGUUUCUGCAAAGUUGAAAUGCGAAAGACACCGCUGCGAACAAAUUAUUAUUUUUAUCAUUAUUAUUAUAUUUUGCGUCAUUUUGUGAUUAUAAUGUUUUUAUCACAGUGGGUUGGAAGAUUGUUGCUAUACAUGUGAGAUGUAAGUUAUAUGUGGAGUAUUGAAGAUGUUCUCUGGGGUGUUCAUUUUUGGGGGAUUUAAACGUGUUCAUGCUGAACUGUUCUACACUUUCCAAAAAAACAACAAUCUGGGAGUCCUCUGCGUCCCUUUAGCAGUUGCUGAAAUAAUAAUGAAAUAUGUUAGAUUAGAUGUGAUCCAACUUUAAUCCCUUUGUUGGAGCACUCUUCAGAGAUGGAAAUGAAAUGGAAAUCCAACUCAAUCAGUGCUGACUGAAAUGCAGCACUGAAGACAGACCAUCAUUUGCAGAAAUUCCACAAAGAAUGCCGAUAGUUUUUCCAGCUCUGUUGUGCUUAUCUACAUCAGCUUCAUUUUUUCAGAGCCAAAUUUACACAUCAGCUCUUUGUCGUUAACGGUUGCAUUGCUAUUCUAGUUUUGUGUGUGGUCAUAAACAAGGAGACCAAACCUUCUCAACAACAAGGAUUGUAGGAGACGCACACAUUGUGUUUUUAUAUAUAUAAACUAUAUAUGUUUAGAAAACAGAAAUGAAUAAAAUCCGUAAGAAUAGUCAGGAGAUAAUGUAACAUGUGUAUGGUUCUUCAUCAUUUGUUAGAUUUACGAACCAGAUGGAAGGGCGGUAAUGUUCUGUAGUUUCUCUUUAUUUCCUCUAGCCAUUUGUUCGCUGGUUUCCGCUGUUAAUAAAAGAUGAGAUAGUCCUCUAUUAUUGUCCCUGUCCAGUAGUAAGGACACUACCCCGAAGUAAAAACGACUCAGUAUGCAGAUUCAUGUUUUUGCCAAUUGUAAUUUCAUUGUGUAAUAUUACUAGGCGUGUAAAACUGAUUCAUCUUUUUUUCAUCUGUUUCCAACUUAGGUUGCGGUUAAGGCAGAUUUCUCCCCCAGGUGCUAUAGCUAAUGUAUUAAUGUGAAUCUCCUCUCCAAAACAAAAAUAGUUCUCCUAAAAAAAAUGUUUUCAGGAAGACCUGCCUUAAUGGGGACCGUCAAACCAUAACUCUUCUGACUUUAUUUCUCUGUGAUCAGCGAGCGAACACAUCCUGUCCCUCUGUCAGAAAGCCCUGUGUUGGUUAGCAUGUGUGUGUUCAGUAUGCAUGUGUGGGUGAACAAAAGGCAGAUUUAUGUAUAUUUUGUAUUAUUUAAAUGUAUACUGCUAUCAUUUGUCAACUGCCUACAAGUUCUUGCCUGCCAAUAUUUGUGAAACGUGUUUACUGAAUGAAGUCUGUGCAAAGUGGAGCGACUCAUUAAAUCCUAACAAAGGACACUGUA